GAUUUGCCUCCCGAGAAUUUUUGCAACUUCUCUCCACAAAUGCUUGAAAGGUAGAAUCGCAAUUUCUAGUUAUUAGACAACCAAACGCUCCCUUGUCCGUGAGGUAUUCUGAUGGUGAUUUAUGACGCCAUGCCUACGAAUCUUCGCCAAAAACGCAACUAAAUCUUCAUUCAAUCAACAGAAAACAUCCCCAAAUUCCAGCCAAAAGAAUGGAACUAGCAUCCUUGAUUCCGACCUCAAAAUUCUCCAUAGGAAAUCUAAGAACUCAAACUAGAACCCAAAUCAUCACUUCAUCAGCCAUCCCAAGAUCCCAACAUUCACGUCUGUACUCACUACCUAAUUCCGACAGCAUUGAAGCCAGGACGCCAAGCAUGUCCGAGAUAUUGGAGACCUCAAGGGCUCAGAAACUAGACCUUGAGCUGCAAACUCUAGGACCCUUUUUCAGAAUCACAGCCAAAAGCUUGGAAACCAAAAAUGAGAUUGGGAGAGCCGAAGGAAUCAUUAGGGUGUGGCUGGGAGGGACAAUUCUUCACUUGGACUCCAUUAGAUUGCAGAGAGAGGCACUUGGAAUGGAAAAAUCAAUCUUCGGCAUUGGUUUGUUCAUUGGAGGCGUCGCCGUUCGGUACGGCUAUGAUUGUGGUUGCAGGACGGCUGAGCUUAUGGCAAUCAAUGAUUCUGAUCUCUACCAUCAAAAGUUGUCACGUUUGGUUUCGCAGCUUGUUAGGUUCUACAAAAGGAUUGGUUUCAAGGUGGUGCAUGAAGUAACUGGGUCAACAUUUGGUGACCUUCCGCACAUGUUGGUCUGGGGUGGUGUUGGGACACGAAUGGUUGCUGAUAUCGAAGAGCUUAUGGUAAAAUGGUGCACCAGGUUCAAGUCUCGAGAGUGAUCCGACCAUAUUCCAUUACAACACAAAUUUGCGGAGCAUUGUAGACUUGAAUUUAGAACAAGACCACGGAAUUUCAAUUUUUAGGCUUUAAAACAAGAGCCAAACCAAAUCUAGGUCCGGAGGCCGCUACGACAUCAUAUUCACCGGAGAUUGAUAAACAUGCAUUAUCAUGGAUAUCAUGAUGCAGGAGAGCCUUAAGUAUCCCGCGGUUAUUAAAUCUGGCCUUCACAGCCGUCCGAUCAUCCUCGCCUCCCCAUGAUCCGCCAAUUGUUGAUCUCCCUCAUCCUGUUCUGAGAUUUAGAGUCAUCUUUACUCCUGCAGAAAUGUUCUUGGCUUCAUCCAGAUAAUGAACAUAUGAUGCCUCUAGCCAGUCACCCUUGUUGUAGGUAUUAAACCUUUCUUUGGUACAACUUAACCUGUAAAAAGAAAUUUAAAAGGAUAUGAUAAUGGUGCCUAUAGCCGCAUAGGGAAAGUGUUUGU